AUGGCGGCAUCAUGUUUACUAUUUGGUGUUGUAACUGAUAUUAUAACAGCGAUAUGGGUUUAUAUUGGACGAAAUCUCCCCUUUCAUAUUUUAGCUUAUGCCAUGUUCUUCCCUACACUAUUGUCCUUGUGUUUUGUUACCGAUUAUGUCGAAUAUUUCUGGAAAAUCGUGGGCACAGACCAGGUAACAUCAACAAGUUUAACAUCAACUUUAUAUUACACAGUACUAGCAAUUCCAUUAUCAGUUCUACUUGUUUUAUUGUGUGUUGGUAUAGAUUUGUUGUUAGGAUGGGGCACUCGUA